GUUGAGAAGAGUGCGGUUUGUGAGUACAGUACAGCGUCGCUUUGCCUGUGGAGCGCCCCGCCCACCCCGAGACCGGAAGUGCCCGCGAGGGCCGCCUGAGGGACUGCGGGCGGGCCGGUUGAUGGAGGCUGCGAGCGGGCUUGGCUCGGGGCGGGAUGCUGUCGCUGGGGCUGCUCUGGCGGGCGCUCUCUAGCGGGGGGCAUGAGGCCCUGGAGAAGGAGGACGAUCACCAGGCCCACCACCGGCCCGAGGCCCCGAGCAGAACCGCUGCCAUGGAGCAGGAGCAGGAGCGGGCCCUGGAGGUCUACGAUAUAAUUCGAACUAUCCGGGACCCAGAGAAGCCCAACACUUUAGAAGAACUAGACGUGGUAACAGAAAGCUGUGUUGAAGUGCAUGAAAUUGGGGAAGAUGAAUAUUUGGUCACAAUCAGGUUUACACCAACGGUACCUCAUUGCUCUUUGGCCACUCUCAUAGGGUUGUGUUUGAGGAUCAAGCUGCAAAGAUGUUUGCCUUUUAAACACAAGUUGGAAAUCUACAUUUCAGAGGGAGCACAUUCCACGGAGGAGGACAUUAACAAGCAGAUAAAUGACAAAGAGAGAGUCGCCGCUGCAAUGGAGAAUCCUCACUUGCGGGAGAUUGUGGAGCAGUGUGUUCUGGAUCCAGACUAGCAACCGUGACAGCAGUUUCUGUUGACCUGGGAUCUUUCUGGCACUUUGGUGUUCAUGUCUUUUUGGGUGGGGAAUGGAGGCCUUGAAUUUGAUACUGGACAGUUCUUUGUACCUCCUGUAUAUUUUUAAUAAAUUAUUUUAUUAAAAAAAAAUCCAUUUAAUUUACGAAGGAGAGUGAGCCAUGUAUAGUCGUAGAUUAAUUUUGAAGGAUUGUGAGAAGUUCCUAAUUUUUUAAAAAAAUUAUUAUGAAACCAUUCUGUUGACACCUCAUGAAUAUACAUUGUAAUUUUUUAAAAAACAACAACUGAUUUUGAAGAUUGAAUUUUACACAUUGUUAUGAUGGAAUGUGUUUGAUUAGCUGUCAGUGUGAGAGAUAAAUAAAGUACAGAGUUUUAGAAACACAAGUUGUCUUCAAUAUGAAAACUUCCCUAUAAGUUUUUUUAAUGGUGUAAACCAAAAUAGAUUAAAAAGAUAUAUUUAACUAGGCAUUUCUGAAGACAGGUAAAAAUAAUGUGGUGGCUGCAACCUUGUAGAUAUUUACUAGACAGCAAAGUACCACAGUAGCCUGUAGAACUUACAUAAACUCAGAAGUAAGUUCUGCAGGCUUCAGUGGUACUUUACUGUCUAGGGCUGGAUUGCCAAUGAGUUUGUUCUGUUUAAUUAAGUUUGAUCAAGUUCAGGUUGUUGCCAACUUGCAAAAAGAAAGUGGUUCAUUCAGAAUUUUCUAACAACACCUUGCAAUGUGAAAUUUCUUGGCUGGUAAAUUGCUUUUCUUCCUGUAUCAAUAACAAACUUGUUUUUUUAUUUAUUAUAGCAGCAUCAACAAGUGCACGUAAAAGUGGCUCAUGAAGUCAUGCAAAAUAAGAAUUAAUUAAAAAAAUUAAAUGUCAUUUGAAACAUGAAAAAGAGGCAUUAAUUAAAGGUGUGAUGGGGAAAGGACCAAGAUAACUCUUAAUGAGGAAUUCUGAUGCACACUGAGAACUUUUGGAAAGUUUUUGUAGAAAUUUUCUGAAGUAAAGCUUUUUUCAAUAUUCAA